CGGGCGCGGUGACGUCGUCAGGAUAGAGCAGCAGGAAUCCGGAGUUGGUGGCAGGAGAGGGGCGCAGAUUUCUCUCGCGGCAGGGAGAAUCUCGGCCAGGAAUUCGCAGGAAUGUUUAUUAGCGCUAACUGCGAAAGAGUAACGUCCAGAAACCCCGCGUGGGAGUGAGGCUCGGCACCAAUGGAUCAGCGAGCGGCCGGGAUGCGCGAGCGGCACGGCUUGCCGGGAAGCUGCUGACUUACCUGGGAGGCGAGCCUGUUCUUUUCCUUGAACGAUCCAGCGUUGUGUUUUGGUUUGUUGUUUUUUUUUUGUCAUUUUUUUUUUAAUUAUUAUUAUUUUCUUGAACUCCCCCCCCCCUCCUCCUCCUUCACCGAGAGCACGAGAUCUGCUGGAGGAACGAACUGAGUGGAGUGUCCGCCGGGAGGCGGCUAUGGGGUGGGAGCGCCGGGCCGCCUUCAGCAGGGGCACUCGGAUCGGUGCGGCGGCUCUGCGGCGCUGAGCCGGGGCUCGCGUUCUGGAGUCUGAGCCUGCCAGAGGAGAUCGAUUGAAGGAAAUCCAGGAAAGGAAAGUGAGGAGCGCGCGUGUAUCGCGGUCACAGUUUGGAUUGAAAGAGACGGACGUUGGCGUCUGUGCGGAACAUUUUCCGACAACACCGGGGGGAUGAAUUACCAGCAGCACCUGGCCAAUUCGGCCGCCAUCCGAGCCGAGAUCCAGCGCUUCGAGUCGGUCCAUCCCAACAUCUACUCCAUCUACGAGCUGCUGGAGCGGGUGGAGGAGCCCAUUCUGCAGAACCAGAUCCGAGAUCACGUCAUCGCCAUCGAAGAUGCCUUCGUGAACAGCCAGGAGUGGACGCUGAGCCGCUCGGUGCCCGAGCUCAAAGUGGGCAUUGUGGGUAACCUGGCCAGCGGUAAGUCUGCCCUGGUUCAUCGAUACCUAACUGGCACCUACGUGCAAGAAGAGUCUCCAGAAGCAGACAUGGAUGCAGGUGGCCGCUUCAAGAAGGAGAUCGUGGUGGACGGCCAGAGCUACCUGCUGCUGAUCAGAGAUGAAGGAGGCCCUCCGGAGGCACAGUUUGCCCUGUGGGUGGACGCCGUCAUCUUCGUCUUCAGCCUGGAGGACGAGAACAGCUUCCUGACCGUCUACAACUACUACAGCCGCCUGGCCAACUACCGCAACACGGCCGAGAUCCCGAUGCUGCUGGUGGGCACGCAGGAUGCCAUCAGCUCCACCAACCCUCGGGUUAUCGAUGAUGCCAAAGCCCGAAAGCUGUCCAACGAUCUCAAGCGAUGCACCUAUUAUGAGACGUGUGCCACCUACGGGCUCAACGUGGAGCGGGUCUUCCAGGACGUGGCCCAGAAGAUCGUGGCAACCCGGAAGAAGCAACAGCUGUCAAUCGGACCCUGCAAGUCGCUGCCCAACUCGCCCAGCCACUCGUCGGUGUGCUCCGCGCCAGCCUCUGCAGUGCACAUCAGCCAGACGAGCAACGGUGGUGGCAGUCUGAGUGACUACUCAUCCUCGGUGCCCUCAACGCCCAGCACCAGCCAGAAGGAGCUCCGCAUCGAUGUCCCGCCCUCGACCAACACGCCCACUCCUGUCCGCAAGCAGUCCAAGCGGCGCUCCAACCUUUUCACGUCCCGGAAAGGCAGCGACCCCGACAAGGAGAAGAAAGGCCUGGAGAGCCGAGCCGACAGCAUCGGAAGCGGCCGCGCGAUCCCAAUUAAGCAGGGUAUGCUCCUGAAGAGAAGCGGCAAGUCACUCAACAAGGAGUGGAAGAAGAAGUACGUCACCCUGUGUGACAACGGCGUCCUCACCUACCACCCCAGCCUUCACGAUUACAUGCAGAACGUUCACGGCAAGGAGAUUGACCUGCUGAGGACGACGGUGAAAGUGCCAGGGAAGCGGCCGCCACGAGCCUUCUCAGCCUGUGCCCCGGCGUCCAGUCCCAAGACCAACGGGCUGACCAAAGACGUGAGCAGCCUGCAGAUCUCCCAGAACACAGGCGCAGUGCCAGCCAGCGCUUCACUCUCUCCGAUGGCCAGUGGGAUCAGUCUUGUAUCCUUCAACAGCCGGCCAGACGGGAUGCACCAGCGGUCUUAUUCCGUGUCCAGUGCUGACCAGUGGAGUGAGGCCACAGUCAUCGCCAACUCUGGCAUAAGCAGCGAUACAGGCCUUGGCGACUCCGUGUGCUCCAGCCCCAGUAUUUCCAGCACUACCAGUCCUAAACUGGACCCCCCUCCAUCCCCACAUGCCAGCAGAAAGAAGCACCGCCGAAAGAAAAGCACCAGCAACUUCAAGGCGGAUGGCAUAUCAAGUACGGCUGAAGCCAAGCGUAAAGCGUGGAAACUAAAUCGUGUUGGUAGCCUGCGCAACAUUUACAACACGAGCAGCGCCAACGCUGAAGAUCAAGAAGAGAACUUUGAGUUCAUUAUCGUUUCUCUCACUGGACAGACGUGGCACUUUGAAGCGACGACGUACGAGGAGAGGGACGCCUGGGUGCAGGCCAUCGAGAGUCAGAUUCUAGCAAGCCUGCAGUCCUGCGAGAGCGGCAAGAACAAGUCUCGUCUGACAAGCCAAACAGAGGCCAUUGCUUUGCAGUCAAUCAGAAAUCAGCGAGGAAACUCCCACUGUGUUGACUGUGAGGCUCAAAAUCCGGACUGGGCCAGCUUGAACCUCGGAGCCCUCAUUUGCAUCGAGUGCUCAGGAAUCCACCGAAACUUGGGCACACACCUGUCGAGAGUGCGAUCGCUGGACCUGGACGAGUGGCCUCUGGAGCUCAUUAAAGUCCUGUCGGCCAUAGGCAAUGAGCUGGCAAACAGCGUGUGGGAGGGCAGCGCCCAGGGCCGAAUGAAGCCAGCCCCUGACGCCACCAGGGAAGAAAGGGAGCGGUGGAUCAGAGCCAAGUAUGAGCAGAAGCUCUUCUUAGCGCCGCUGCCCUGCAUGGACGUCCCCUUGGGACAGCAGCUUCUGCGUGGCACUGCCGAAGAGGACCUGCGCACCGUCGUCCUGCUUCUAGCUCACGGUACCCGAGAGGAGGUCAAUGAGACCUGCGGCGAGGGAGAUGGCAGGACGGCGCUGCACCUCGCCUGUCGUAAGGGGAACGUGGUCAUCGCACAGCUGCUGAUAUGGUAUGGCGUAGACGUCAUGGCUCGGGACGUUCAUGGGAACACAGCCCUGGCAUACGCCCGGCAGGCGGUCAGCCAGGAGUGCAUCGACACGCUGCUGCAGUACGGCUGUCCGGACGAGCGUUUUGCACUCAUGGCGACGCCCAACCUGUCGCGCAAGAACAACAACCGCAACAACAGCUGUUCUGGAGGCGGGAGGAUGCCCACCAAUAUAUGAGGGCGCAGAGUUGCCCCGUGGACUUGCACAAACUCGGCUGCUAUGGCACUCUUCUGGGUCCGACGUCAUCCUGUGCACACCUACUAGACAUGCUUCAUUCACGUGAGCGAGCGGAAAGCCAGAGGUGCAGACGGCCAGGAAUUCUGGGAAGGAGACUUUUCUAGACUGGCGCCCGAGGGGGUCACCGUUAGGCCAGUAUUCCUUACUUAUUGCCUUGUGUGUCGAGCGAAGAGCCCGAAACGUCCAGGAGGUGGGCACGGGCAAACUUCGAGGGUGCCGUUCACCUGCCACUUUAGCGCCCCCUUUCCCCACUUUGAUUUUGUCAGGACGCUCCGUUGGAGGCGGGGGUGUGGGGGUCACAGGUGGGCCUGAACGAGGAGGAGCUCCAGGGGUCCCAAUCUGAGCUCCUGGCUUUCUAUUUUUUCCUGACGUUGAAGUGUUGUGACUCUUUGGUUAAAUGAACCUCUUUAUGUGUUUUGUGUCGUUGAAAUGAUGCCAACGUCAGAGAAAUCUCGAUAUUUAAAAGGAGCGCGGCGGAGGCGGCACAGGCGGCUCUCGACUUCUUCUUUCUUCAGUAAAGGUGUUCCCAGCAUGUCUCUUAUUUAUUUAUUUUUAUUUGGGGUGAGACGAGGCUCCACGGG